AUGGCGGUGGAUAACGUGUCUAAAUGGUUUGAGGCCAUUGCUUCCCCAGCUAAUGACCACAAGGUGGUAAUGAAGUUGUUCAAGAAGGUCAUUUUUCUAAGGUUUGAUGUACCUAAGGCGGUGAUAAGCGAUAAGGGUUCUCAUUUCAUUCACAAUGCCCUUUUAAAAGAUGUUGUGAAAGUAUGGAGUUCAUCAACGAUUUGGCCUUCCAUAUCAUCCUCAAACAAGCGGCCAAUUGAGGUUUUUAAUCGUCAAAUCAAGGGGAUCCCUGAAAAGAUGGUUGCGAGAAAUCAGAAGGAUUGGUCGGAAAAUUUAGAUGAUUCUCUUUGGGGCUAUAGAAUGACUUUCAAGACACCUAUAGGUACCACUCCAUACCUCCUAGUUUAUGGAAAAUCAUGCCAUCUCCCGGUAGAACUCGAACACCGUUCUUUGUGGGCAAUCAAGAAGAUAAAUUUUGAUUUGGCAAGUGCGGGGGAGAAAAGGUAG